ACCAUCACCGACGACCCCGCUCUUUCCCUCCACCUCCUCGCACACGCCCGCCAUGCUUUCGACUCGCGCCCUUGGACUUGGACCCGCCCUCAGACAGGCCGCGCUCAGGCCUAGGCACGUCGCCAGAAACGCUGCUCUUCGCAACACCUUUGCCAAGCGGUCGAUCCAAACCGAGUCCCUCACCCCCAAGGUGCAGGAGCACAUCCUCAACGAGCAGCGGCUGCGCCGUCCCUCAAGCCCGCACUUCACCAUCUACCAGCCGCAGCUCACCUGGAUCGCCUCCAUUGCCAACCGUGUGACUGGUGCUGGUCUCAGCGUCUUGCUGUACGGGUAUGCACUUGCCUAUCUCGUCGCGCCCACCACGUUCGACUCGACCCACGUCAUCGAGAUCAUCUCGAGCCUCCCCGACGCCGUCAAGUACGCGGGCAAGGUCAUCCUCGCCGCGCCCUUCGCCUUCCACUCGCUGAACGGACUGCGUCACUUGGGCUGGGAUAUGGGCAAAUUCCUUACCCUCAAGGGUGCAUACGGCUCUGGUUACGCCGUCCUCGCCGCGACCGCGGUCUCCACCGUCGGUCUUGUGCUCAUGUGAAUAGCUGCGCGUCAAUGAUUGACUGUCAUUCCAUGGACCCCGAGUGCGUCUUCGGCGUGCAUCGUACCCCCAUGCGUGCUUUUCCCUCUCGCCAUGGAACACAGUGAGUAUGGACAGGCUCCGAAACGGUGCGGAAGCCGGAGACAAACGGUCGAACUCGGACGUCAUUAUCGCCGUCAGCCAAUCAGAAGGC